AUGCCCCAAUCCCAACACAAACUCCUCCACCCUCCCCACCUCUCCGCCCCGUCAUCUUCUCGACCAAAGAGUGCUAGUAGUAAAAAAGAGGGCAAGACGGAGUGGGAUGUCUUGAGGGAGAAUCACAGGUUUAUUCGAGAUGAUGAAGAACCUGGGGAAGUGGGGUGGGAGGAGAGGUUGGCGAGGGCUUAUGAGUCAAAACUCUUCAAGGAGUAUGCCCUGAUCGACUUGAAACACUACAAAUCCAAGAAACUCGCCCUCCGCUGGCGGACAGCCCCAGAAGUAGUCGACGGUAUUGGCGAAGAGUCUUGCGCCUCACUCCGGUGCCAUUUUCACCAUCCCCCUUCAAAUUCUACCUCUUUCCUAGAUGAGGGAAGAGGCUCGCCGGAGAGUUAUAGGCCUGAUGGAGGGUCGUUCCAACCGCCCGGGGGCUCUCGUCAAGAUCACGAGCAAGAUUGGGAAAGGGGAAGUCAGAAGAGAAGGCGAGAGGAGAAGAUACCUCGUUUGAGUGCGUUCGAGCUUCCUUUUGUGUAUGCGGAAGCAGGGGAGAGGAAGGAAGCGCUGGUGAAGGUCCGAUUGUGUCCCAAAUGUACAGACAAGCUUCUGUGGAAACCGGACGAGGAUGAGGGAAGCAAGAGAUAUGGACAUAGGAGUGAGGACAGGGAUAGAGAGAAGAGGAGAUCGCAUAGCAGGCGGGACGACAUGUCAGAUGAAGAAGGGCGCAGUCAUCGGAAGAGUGGAAGACGGUCGAGGUCACGAAGCCCUAGAAGACACGAGAAACGACAAUAA